UAAACCCCAUGUUACAAAAGAAUCACAAGCCAACCCUCACCCACUCACUGCCCGGUUGUCUCACCAUCUUCCUUAGAUUCAGUUCCCUGUCCUUUGUCCUCUUCUCCAAAAAAGCCUCAAGACCAGAAAGGAAUCUCUAGCAAGCAGACAGCACAGAUAGAACUCUUUGUGCUGUCCAUUUGACCAAGAAAAUUACACCUCUCCCUCUCUCUCUCUCUCUCUCUCUCUCUCUCUCUCUCUCACACACACACACACACACACACUCACACACACAGUACUAUUAUAAAGGAGGCUGUAAGUAUCAAACUCAGACAUACAGCAGAUUCUUCAAUGGCUCUUUAAGGUAACACAUGAACAAACAAAGUAGAGCACUUCUAGUCCUUCCAACAAGAAGGAAACAACUAAUGAUCAUGAAGCUAAAUCAAAACAUAUAGUUCUGUUUAAGCAUUGUGGGCUGCGUGGUAGAUUGAUAAGCAAGAAUUUCAAGCCAUUUAAAAUUUUAUUCAGAAGAGAUAUUGCAAAGGCUUGCUUCUAUAGCACCCUCAAUUUAAAAAGACUUGGAAGUAUUAACAGAAGGCAGCAUCGAGUCCACUCAACAAAGAUGAAAAAAGAAGAUAUUGCUCGGGGAUUAGGAAUCAGCCUUAAGGUGGCCGAUUCUGCUAAUCAUGCAGGAAAUAAAGUUUUACCAAUUAGCGAGACAACGUUGUCAACCUCAACUAACACAAAUGACCAAUGUGGCUCGUCAGAAAAGAAAGACAGGCUUAAAGGGGACAAAACCAAAACCAUGUCAAGAAUGAAGGAGCUAUUGAGAUGGGCUGCUGCUGCUGCUGCGAAGUCAGAGAAGGGAGGAAAAUUCAUUGGCCGAAAGGUUCUUCACUUUCGAAAUCGUGGAAACCUGAGAUCAGUUCCAGAUGAUGAUCAACUUAGCAGUGACUCUCCUAAGAUCAGUUUUUGUUGGGAUGUGGAAAGCUGCACCACCGUUUCCUCUGCCUACUCAGCAAUUUCUAUGGCGUCCUCGUCAAACCCAACCAAAAUUCAAGACAAAGAUCAUAUCACUUCAAGAAAAGGAAAUUGGAUCACCACAGACUCUGAAUUUGUGGUGCUAGAGCUAUGAAGAAGGGAGAAAGAAGAUAUCUUUCAAAAGGUUAAAUGAUAUUAACUGUUUUAGGCUUUGUACUGCAUCUAUUCGUAGGUGGGUUCUUGUUCAUUCUAGUUUCUCCUAAAUAUUAUAGGAGUUUCAUUUACAUGAAUGUAAGGCUCUGAAAUGUACUUGCACCAUAAUGAA